UAGAGAGAGAGAGAGAGGGGACGAAGAUGGUGGGGAGGAAGUGGAGCGACGGCCUGCUUCUGGCCGUGCUGUUCGCGUGCGUUUGGUGGCCGUCGGCGGCCGGCGGGGCUCCGGGGGGAGCUGCCUCGAAGGCGAAGGUGGAUUUGAAGUCGUCCACGUACUUGCACUACAAGCAGGAGUACCGCAGGAACCUGCUCGCCAAUGGCCUCGGCCUCACUCCUCCCAUGGGGUGGAAUAGUUGGAAUCACUUCGCGUGCGUAAUUAAUGAAACGGUCAUUAGAGAGACUGCUGAUGCUCUGGUUUCUACCGGUCUUUCGAAGCUGGGUUAUGAGUAUGUCAACAUAGAUGAUUGCUGGGCUGAGAUAGCACGCGAUCACCACGGCAAUUUCGUAGCCAAGAAUACGGCAUUUCCGUCUGGCAUCAAAGCUCUUGCCGACUAUGUUCACAGCAAAGGUUUGAAGAUUGGAAUUUAUUCGGACUCCGGCUAUUUUACUUGUAGCAAGACCAUGCCUGGAUCACUUGGUCACGAGGAACAAGAUGCCAAAACCUUUGCAGCUUGGGGAAUUGAUUAUCUGAAGUAUGAUAACUGCAACAACGAUGGCACGAAGCCAACCGUCAGAUACCCUGUGAUGACCCGAGCUCUGAUGAAGGCUGGGCGCCCGAUUUUCUUCUCACUUUGCGAAUGGGGGGAUUUGCACCCAGCUCUAUGGGGCGCCAAGAUAGGGAACAGCUGGAGGACAACGAAUGAUAUUUCUGACACGUGGGACAGUAUGAUGAGUAGAGCUGACUUGAAUGAACCCUACGCAGAGCUUGCCAGGCCUGGUGGCUGGAACGAUCCUGACAUGCUUGAAGUUGGGAAUGGAGGAAUGACGAAGAACGAGUACAUGGUUCACUUCAGUAUAUGGGCUAUAUCUAAGGCCCCUCUUCUUCUUGGCUGCGAUAUCCGGAAUUUAAGCAAGGAUACUUGGGAAAUAAUUUCCAACAAGGAGGUCAUUGCAGUGAACCAAGAUCCACUCGGAAUUCAAGCCAAGAAGGUUCGGAGCGAAGGUGACCAAGAGGUCUGGGCUGGCCCUAUCGCUGGUUAUCGGGUCGCCGUGCUUCUGGUAAACCGAGGCACUUAUCGUUACGCAUUGACAGCCCGCUGGGACGACAUCGGACUUCCGCUAGAGACUGUUGCCGAAGCCAGAGAUCUCUGGGAGCACAAGACGUUGAAGAACACAUUUGUUGGGAACAUCUCGGCAACGAUUGACGGUCACUCUUGCAAGCUGUACAUUCUGAAGCCGGUCGGUUAGAGCGCUUCAAAUUUCCGGCGGUCAUGCCCUUUCCAGCAGAGCUGAUUCUUUUGAAAUCUCUUAGGAUUUUCUUUCUUUUGCCAUUUUUAGUCAUCUGAUGUCGCUCUUUCAAUUUGCUAAGAUCAAACCAAUAAGAGAGAGUGUACAUGUUUGCUUAUUUUGAAAUAAAGAGGAAAUUCAAGUUUCUCGA